CCUCGACAUCCCUCGCCGUCGCCGCCAUGGUCGCAACAACGACAGAACAACUAACAGCGCUCGCCGCUACCACCGUCGUUAUCCACCCGCUCGUCCUCCUCUCCGUCACCGACCACCACGCCCGGUCCGUCUCGAAAGGCUCGUCGAAGCGCGUCGUCGGCGUGCUGCUCGGGCAGGACAACGGCUCCACGAUCAACGUCGCCAACUCGUUCGGCAUCCCGUUCGAGGAGGACGAGAAGGACAGCAAGACGUGGUUCUUAGACCACAACUACAUCGACGGCAUGUUCGACAUGUUCAAGAAGGUCAACGCCCGCGAACGAAUGAUCGGCUGGUACCACACCGGCCCCAAGCUCCGCGCGUCUGACCUCGAGAUCAACGACCUCUUCCGCAAAUUCAUCGCACGGCCCGUUAUGGUCAUCGUCGACGUGCGGCCACAAACGGUCGGCAUCCCCACAGACGCAUACUUCGCAGUAGAGGAGAUCAAAGACGACGGCACAGAAACCCGCUCGACAUUCCUCCACGCGCCAUCCGCCAUCGAGGCCGAAGAAGCCGAAGAGAUCGGCGUCGAGCACCUCCUGCGCGACAUCAAAGACUCCACCACCACGACGCUCGCGACGCGUGUCUCCGAGCAGCUCGCCUCCCUCCGCGGCCUCCAAUCGCGCAUCGCCGACAUCCAGAAGUACCUCGCCGACGUCGCCGCGGGCGCGAUGCCCGUGAACCACCAGAUCGUGUACCACCUCCAAGACGCGCUCAACCUCCUCCCGGACCUCAGCGAUCCCGCGUUGACGAGCAGCUUCGCCGCGAGCACGAACGACGAGCUGCUCGUCGUCUACCUCAGCAGUCUCCUGCGCGCCGUGAUCGCGCUGCACGCGCUCGUGGACAACAAGGCGUCGAUCGGGCGCGCGGAGAUGGAGGAGGGCAAGGGCGAGCAGAAGAAGGGCGUCAAGUCGGAUGCGGAGAAGGAGAAGGACGGGAAGAAGACUCCGCCGGAGAGCGAGAAGGGCAAGGAGAAGGACUCGAGCAAAACCGACAAGGGCCUGUAGGAUUAUUAUUUCUUUCCAUCAUCUGCUACACUACUUUCGCUCUCGCAUGGCAUACAAUUGUAAACCAAAACAUCCGAGUCCCGAUGCACCUUCUCGAGAUGCAGCUUCUGUGAAGCAGACUUGACCCAGUAGUGAACAUCAUCAUAGUCGCAUCAC